AUGUCGUUCAACAUAAAGAAUGAAUCGAAAGUCUGCCAAUUACAUCACAGAAGUAAGCAUAACAACAAUGUGAACGUCGUGUGCGAGCUGUCGGAGAAAAUCGGGUCGCCGCAAUUUGAGAACGGAGAAUGGAUGGUGCCGAGCGACGUCGUUGGGUUGAAUGGCAAAAAACCUAAAGUCGUCAAGCUUCGCUUCCAUCCGUCCGUCUCCCAUAUGUCAUCGGGAGACGCGGCUCUCCAUCAGGCCGCUUGCCAGAGCGCUCUUAAGGUUUGUUUCCCCGUAGCAAACAAGAUAAUUCAGUAUUGUUUUCAGUAUCUCGAUCUUCUUCUCGAAGAGAGCGUCUGGACCAGAAAAUCCGAUCAGGAAGAUCAAUUGUUCGGAAAGCAACUCGACAAAAUUGUCGAACUUCUCGUCGAAAUGGAUAAGGUCCUCGAGAUUGACGUAUCCAAAGUCGGGCUCACUUUUCUUCACAACGAACUAUUUGACGAGUUCGUCAAGCUGAUCUCAUGCAAAUCGAUAUCUUCCCACCUUCACACAGUCAUCUCAGAAGACGACGCCCAUCAAUCGGCAGAGAUUAUUUUUGAAAAAGACGGGAGGUCUCGAAAACUGAUCAGUCUCGAUUUCGACGCGGGCUAUCUGAAAUCAUCGGAAUCGGGUCUUGACUGUGUGUUCGAAGUCACAAAGUCGUGUUUCACAUGGGUGCUUCCACGUGUCGACGAGGAUGAGGACAAUUCCCCACCAAAUGUCUCACAGAAGCUCGACUGUUUCAUAUGGGUCGACGGAAUCAAACUUGAUAUGCCUGUAUACUCCCCAUGUGCCACAGUAUUCCACUAUCUGGACAAACUUACCUCGUCUCUUGCAUCCCUCUCCGCGUGCCCAACAUCGCCGAACGCCAACGGAGUUCUUCAGAAAGUUUCUAAUACUCUUGUUUCGGAAGCAAUCGUCGGGUUGGAUAAAUCAGAAGCUCCUCAUCUUCACAAGUUCAUUCUCAACAUUACACAAGCGCCGCUGAUGAUUACCACUGACUUUGACCACGAAUCGCUUGACAUCUAUUCGGAUUCCGAAACCAAAUUGACUAUAUCUCCUACAGAUUCAGUCGAUUCCGGGGUCUCGCUAUCUUCUCCUACUCGUCAAUGUUCUUUUGAUGAUGAUGAUGAUGAUGGAGAUGAUGAACUGUCUGCUACGUCACCAGUAAUGCGCUCGCGCUCCAGAAGCGAGAGUUGCUCAUCACUUAAAGGGAUUCUGAAAUGGCCACGUCGUGCUGCGCCUAUUAGUCGUUUCGGUGUUAAGCCACACCUUAUGAGGUCGUACUCCGAGUGUCAUCAUGACGACGCCGCGUACCAUCCAGUAAUGCCGUUCAGAUUCUCUGAGGAUGACGAAGAUGCAUUCCAUGAGGAAGACGAUGACUCAUCCGACUGCUGCGUACUUCCAGCUGCUCCACGCAAGAAGAGCGUGUCAUUCAGUGAACGUAUCGAACAAACUCGUCUCUUCAAUAGUAACACCAGCAUUGAAUCUCAAAGACGGAAAAACUUGAAGAAGACCGAAAAGAAGAAGAAGCGCGAGAACUCGCUUGCUUCAUCCAUUGAAAGUAUUCAUGAGGAGGUUGCCGGGCGCGUCAGCCCAGGAACUCGUCACCAAACUGUUUAG